AUGGAAAAGUGGAAAGGUUCUUUUGCCCAGUCGCAAUUAGAAAAGUUUGGUUGGGAAACUGGUGAAGGUCUUGGUAAAAAUAAAGAAGGCAAUGCCAAACAUAUCAGUGUCACUGUUAAGAAUGACAAAAAAGGCGUUGGCGUCAAUAAAGGCGAUUGGGAAUUUGCUUGGUGGGACCAUUUGUAUAAUAAAAGUGCCCACUCGGUUGUUGUAGAAAAAGACCAAGAGAAAGGUGAAAUCAAAGUGGCUACAAAGAAGAAGGGUGAAAACCGUCGAUCCAGAACUGGAAUUAUAUCUACACAUAAACCAACAGGCAAAUCUGUCAUCACUACCACUACCACGACGAGUGCAACUACCACAACGAAUCCAAGUAAAAGCAUGAGUGCUAUGGCAGAUGAAAGAAACAUGAUGGAUGCUGUGAAAGAUGUUCAUAUAAAUAUCGCACAGCGAAUUGCGAGCACUGCAUUGUAUGGAUCGUUUGUCAAGGGGAGUGCACCUAGUACACCUGCAACGUCUACGCCCACGAGUGAGGCUACGUCUGCUGCAGAAGAUGAUGAAGAGGAGGAGGAGGAGGACGACGAGUUGAAGGAUUAUUCUAUGAAGGUAUCGGAUGCAGAGUUAUUUGCUGCUUGUGAAGGAAGAACUGCACGUAAAGGGGGUCGUGGUUUAGUUGAACAAACAGGCAAAUUCAAGCGUGUCAUGCAAGAGUUUGUUAGACAACCAGAGGACGACGAAGAAAAUGAUAUUGAUACCAAAAAAUCCGAAAAGGCUUCUUCUAAGAAAGAUAAAAAGAGAAAACGUCUUGACAAAGACGAUGAAAAUGAUACCCAUAAGAAAUCUGUUAAAAAAUCCAAGAAAUCUGAUAAAGAAUCGAAAAAGGCUAAGAAAUCAGAAAAAAAGUCCAAGGAAAAGUCAGAUACUGGAGAUAAGAAGAAGGCUAAGAAAGACAAGUCUUGUAAAAAGGAGAAGAAGAAAGCCUUGAAAGAUAAGAAAGACCAAGAAAAUAAGAAGGAUAAAAAGGACAAGAAGAAGAAAAAGUCAAAGGAUUAG